UUCCGAUCGCCUUCCUUCAUUGUUUUCAUUUUCUCGAUCAUGGUAACUACGCAUUGCCUAAAUUGAUCUUUCUAUGUGAUUUGAUUUGACUCUAGUGAAUUACCUGAACCUGAAAGAAUAGAACAUUUAUUCAAUCAUCUUGGGCUAGUGAAUUUGUUUUUGAGCCAGGAGGGUUACUACUUAUGUUCUACUUCUAGACCACAAUGACGCGAGUACGCAAGAAGAAACCUCCCUCCCCAGGAGGAAAACACACCUUCUCCAACUCUGCUAGUGGUUCCGCGUCCAACAAAGGCUUGGUCGAACUCCUUCGUACUACUGAUGUUGCUGUUCAUAGGGCAACGCUCACGCUUUCGUCGUGCCGAGAAGAAUCAGCUAAAAGCGCAGACCUGGUUCCGUUUUCCUCCUUGUUAUGGAGAGUGUUUUUAUAUUCCUUAUUUACAUCUCUUUUUCUGCGUUUGAUGACUCAACACUGCGGUCGUGCUAAAAAGGGGAUCCAUGAAGUGAGCACUUUCACGUCCAGAACGUUCUCCAAUGGAAAAGUAUGACGAAAGAGUACCGCUCUAACUUUGACCGUAUCGCAGGCAGCAGCCUGCGUUAACCGCAGCAAGGAUGCACAGCUACAAGCCUUGCGGGAGCGACUCUUCCCAGCAGGCAAGGUGGCGGAGGAGAGAGCACUUUCGAUGUCGACCUGGGAUCGGCCUUGGUUUUUGAUGCUACGACAACAAUGGCGAUGGCUGGUGCGCUCUUUACACGACAUUGAGCGAUCUAAUGGGAAUGAUGGCCCACCAACAGUAAAACCUGCGAUCUCAUUCACUCCAGACCUGUCGUGGCUGCCGUCUUUUCUUCAUUUGUAUGAGACGAGGAAAAUCAUUACUCAUACUCUACUGCAAACGAUUACUUGUUACAUCGCAAUGUAGUUGCCCUGGUUCCAGUCGCAGUGGUAGUUUCAUUGUCCGAUGGGUUACUCCAGGAUUAAGGGGGAAGGCUCCUACCAAAAUAUUUCUGAGUAUGAGUAAACUUUUUCUUGUCAUAGUAGGCGUCCACAUUUCAUAGUACGGCUCACUUGGGAUGCGAUUCGCGGACGUGGCGGCUACGGCAGUAGCGUGUUCACAAUAUGCAACGUUUACGUAGCCCACGUGCUUGCACACUCAGUAUUUCCAUAUUGCUUCUUCACACACGUCGCUGAGGAGGAGGACACGUUUUUCUGGGAAAACGAUGACGAUGCGCGGGUUUGGGAGACGGAUGAAGAACAGUCGUCCUGUACGAAUACGACGGAUCCUUAUCUUGACAGUUCAAAUUCUAUCUUUCCCUCGCCAAGCCUAACAACGACAAGCAGGAUGGCGAUGAAUGCGACGAGAGCUUCGUCGGAAAAUGGAAUCUGUCCCGGCCUACGGUCUCCUGGGGAAGCUUUUUAUCCUGUUUGUUUGCCUGGAACGGAGGAGGUCGACGAGUUUCUUGGCACAGGCUUCUCAUACGAGGAACUUGUGCCCCAAGUGGUUUGUGUCUUUUACCUUUUCUGGUGGAUGAUGCUCGUAUACGUAUUCUCGUACGAAUUUCUUCUAGCGGUGGACGCAUUGGCCGACUCAGAGAAGACAGUUGAGGAAGCGCGUCAACGAGCAAGCAUGAGUCGGCGACUCUUGGAAAAAAUCGUAAGCCGCUUUGGCCUAGUUACGACUGCGUUCCCUAUGCUAGAGAAGCCACACCAGAUGAAGCACGACAGCUUCCCUCCAACUAGGACAAAAAAUAGAAGGGCAGUGGACUCCUUCAAGCUUCUGCCGACCUACCACGUGGGUCGCAUCUACCAGUUCCUCACGCUUGCCGACUGGUGUUGCGGUAUGCAGUUAGACAAGGAUUUUCACGCGAUUUUGUCCGCACAGGCAAUGCGAGAAGAGUACUUCUUCCGAAUGAACUGGACGGCACUACACGCGCUAGUGCUGGCUGAGCGGACCUGGAUCAACAAGAUUCGAGCAGUGGGAAAACUCUUCAAGCUGCUCUUCCGCCGCGAAUUUUUCGAGAAAAAUUCUGCUCCGGUAGCAACUUGUGUAAGUACGUAUCUUGUUCUGUAUAGAAAUACUCAACGUAAAUUGAUGUCGAGGAAAACGAUGUGAGUAUUGUAAAUUUUGUGUCGCUGGCUGCUCGAGUGUGCCAAUAUUGUUCAUGAUUACGUUUGGGACUGAAAUAGUUCAUCUUCAAACUACAAUGCCUGAACUAGACUGCGUUGGACGUGCAAAAUGGGCGAUUGCGAUUUCGUUGGGAAUUGCUUCAACGCCCGGAGUGGCGGGAACCAUUGCUGCGCAUAAUCUCCUUGCGGAAAGGACCACUUGCGCGCUCACGGCGUACUUCUCCUGCCAACUCAGGAGAAGCGGCGGAUUUCAAUAAGUGGGGCGGCAACGCAUUACUGGCUCAAGUGAUGGCACAAGGCCUCCGGUUCGGGCGACAAGACAUUGUAGAGGCAGCGGCAAGAAACGGUGCAGAUCCAGCAAAAAAGUUUUGGAUAGUCGCGCCCUUCGGGCCGGUAUUUUUUUUGGCUUCAAUUAGCAUGUAGACUAGAAGUAUAAUACUAUUUCUACACACGGAAGAUGAAAAUUUUAAGCCUUGGAUACUUCAGUUUAUUGAAAAAAAAAACCAAUGAAGAUGACAGGUACUGUUGGAAUCUCGCUAUUUUCUUUCCUAUGCCUCAGAUAUCACGCGAGGCUUUAUUGAAUAUCGCUGCAAUCGCGGGACAUCCGGAAAUGGUACGAUGGCUUUUGGACCGAGAAGUCGACGUGAACGCGAUCGGAGGAAACGGGAGGCAAACUUAAGGUUGAUACUCCUAUGUCAUCUCUGUGUAGGAAUCUGUGACGCAUGUGGUCAUGCAAAAGAUGGAAAGCCCUCUUAGCGAGAUAGGCCACAGGAACAAUGCUUUUUGGGGAGCUGCUCCUGCUCUAAGAAAAUGCUCUGCACGCCGCGGCGUUCUCCGGACAGCACGAGGUGAUAAGUGUGUUGUUGGAGCGUGGAGCGAACAUCUUCGCCGCAGACGCUUCGGGACACACCGCACUGGGCAUCGUGGAUUCAGCGAUGAUGGUGCGCGCACACUGGCUUUCGAGAAAUCCAGAUCGGUGGGAGCGUGCGCGCGAGAUACUGCGCGCGGCCCGUCAGGCGCGCCGCGCCGGAGAAAAUCAAGCGCGACUAAAUGAGGAAGCAGGCGAGCGUGGCAGGAGAAGGAAUGCCGCAGCACCAGGGGUGGUGAACGGAGAAGAAGCCGCCAGGAACAAUGACAGGCAAUUAAAUGGCGGACCCGCGGGUGACCUUGCCUUGAAUCACGAAGCAGAAGGCGCUGCAGAGAGAGCGGCUGCCGAAGGCAGCGAUUUGAACGACCAAACGAUUGAGGGGGGCGCUAGCCGUAGGGAGAUACAACAAGCACAGAAGGGAAAAGACAAAACAGUUCCAGAGCAAGAUGGGAGCACAAACUCACUGCAGCCAAGUACGAGCACCACUAGCAGUAGCAGCAGCGGCGUUCCCAGCGUUGGAAAAGACAGCACUGACUCGGGGCAUUUAAGUGUCGCCGGCAGCGGCAGCAGCAGCACUAGUAGUAGCACGAGUAAUGUAAGUACGACGGAUCGAGACCCUCAGGUGAAGAAUCUGUCCGCACCCAAAACUACAGCUCUCGUCGAAGAAGGUAGUAGCCCGUCAACUCUCCCAGGAGCCAGUAGCAGUGCCACAGUUGGUGGAAAGAGUGCCGCAGGCUUCCAAGUUAGUACUGACCGCCUGCCCGCGCAUAUCAUAAACUUCAAUGCUUUUGCAGGUGGACUGAGAGGUGGGGACUCGGCGCUUGUUGUUGCUGGCCACACUUCCGACUCGGACGUUUCCGGGGACGAUGGCGAUCAUCGUGGGCGCCGCGGAGGGCCAUUUGGUGUUGUCAGAAGAAGAGGGUUCGAUAACAAUGACGGCGCUGACGGCAAUGGCAGAGGAGACGACGACUUUUCGGACGAAGAAGAGGGUUCCGACGGCGAAUGGGAUGACGAGUGGGGCGACUGGGAAGAUGAGGACGAGGGAGACGAGGACCCCGAGAACGACGAUGAGGAACCUGUUCGUCCAGGGGACAACGCGGAAGAUAACCCUAAUCCAGACGACGACCCGGAGAACGGACAGGGGCCUGGUCUAGAAAAUGGUGGGCGUGUUGCUAAUGUUCUCAAUUGGAUUGACGACGUGCAGCGCAGAUAUGAAGCAUGGAUGACAGGGGGACCAAUCUGACGAAAAAGGACCCUUUGAUCUAAUCUCUUAAGAUUUCCAUGAUGAUUAAUAUCAGUCAUUCUGUUGUUCAUGUCACUCGAUAUAACUAGAAAUGUGCCGUACUGACUACUGCUAUUUUCGUCACUCCUCACGCUGUAUGAUAUUUGAGGUGCCGCACAUCAUGUUCUUAUUCAAUCUUAUCGCAGAAUCUAAACCAAAACCAUUCAGUUGUGGAAUUUGGGAAAUUGAACAUUUGAAGUCACCUUGCUCUUGUUGAGUAUCUAGGAAGGCUAGGAUAUUGUCUGAAGUUGAAAAACUAGCGCAUUAUUGCAUCCGCGCGCGUCCUCUCUUGUAUAAUGAAACUCUUAUGAUCAAGUAGAAACUAAUGAAAGGAACAAGCUGUGAUCCUUCUCAUGACGUGGUUACCCUCUGCAUCUGUUGUAUUUUGGGUCUGUUCAUGGUUGAUACGACUUCCUUUCUUUUCGUGAUUUGAUAUCAAAACCAGAGGAAGGUAACAGCAAAACCAAUAAGCCGAAAGCUCCCUCG